AUGGAUCAACAUAAGUACUUAAAACCAGUAGAGGCAUAUCUUGGAGUACCAUAUGCCACGCCACCCACAGGUUCUAAUAGGUUUGCUCCAACACGGGCGCCUGCGCCUUGGGAUGAUGUAAAGACUGUGGAUCAAAUGGGACCGGUUUGUCCACAACGUUUGCCAGAUAUUUCUAAUGAGACUCAAGCAUUAGAAAGGAUGCCAAAGGGUCGCCUUGAGUAUUUACGUCGGCUACUUCCUCGACUGAAAAACCAAAGCGAAGACUGCCUUUAUAUGAAUAUUUAUACACCUGUGCAAGUGGGUCCGACAUUACAAGCGAAGUAUCCGGUUGUGAUUUUCAUUCACGGAGAAUCUUUUGAAUGGAAUUCGGGUAAUGUUUACGACGGAGCUGUAUUGGCCAGUUACGCCGGUCUUGUGGUCAUCACUAUCAACUACCGACUUGGCAUACUGGGCUUUUUAAACGCAAAUCCAAUACCACACGUAAAAGCUCGGGUAGCAAAUUACGGGCUUAUGGAUCAGAUAGCAGCGCUGCAUUGGAUACAACAAAAUAUUGCUCUAUUUGGAGGUGACGCUGGUAAUGUCACUAUGCUAGGUCAUGGUUCAGGCGCUGCAUGCAUAAAUUUUCUGAUGAUUUCACCGACAGUUAUGCCUGGUCUUUUUCAUCGCUCAAUUCUUCUUUCUGGUUCAGCGCUUAGUUCGUGGGCGUUAGUCGAAGAUCCCGUCAGCUAUUCCGUCCAACUGGCCAAACAGUGUAAUUGUACUCUUCCCGAUGAUAUUGUCCAAGACCACGAGCUCAUUGUUGACUGCCUUCGAGAAGUUCCAUUACAUGAGCUGAUGUCGGCUGAAAUUAGUACGUCAAGUUACUUGACUUCUUUUGGGCCGUCAGUGGAUGGUGUAGUUGUGAAAACUGACUACGCUAAGGAAUUGCUGACGUUCUUCAUACCUAAUGAUUUACAAGGUUUUACGAGUGUAUCAGGAGUAAAUAAUUUCAAAGCUGACAAAAGAGCAGGAGAUAGGAUUUUCGGAAUAAGAGGCGGACAGAAUAAAUACGAUCUACUAUUUGGUGUAGUAACUAGUGAGGCGCUUUGGAAAUUUUCGGCGCAGGAUAUACAAAACGGUUUCGAGGGGGAAAGACGUGACAGGAUAAUAAGAACAUAUGUAAGAAAUGCUUAUACAUAUCAUUUAAGCGAAAUAUUCUUUACAAUUGUCAACGAGUACACCGACUGGGAAAGAACAGUACAGCAUCCAAUAAAUACAAGAGACGCAGUGGUGCUAGCGCUCUCAGACGCUCAAUAUGUCGCUCCGCUUGUUCAGACUGGAGAUUUUUUAAGUUCAACUGAGUCUGGUCCGAGUACAUUUUUUUACGUCUUUGAUUAUCAAACUAAAGAUGGAGAUUAUCCACAGCGCAUGGGUUCCGUGCAUGGAGAAGAGCUGCCCUAUUUAUUCGGGGCGCCGCUAGUUGAAGGGCUCGGACACUUUCCAAAGGAUUAUACAAAAUCCGAAGUAGCACUUUCGGAGGCUUUCAUCUUGUACAUCGCGAAUUUCGCUAGAACUGGGAAUCCCAACGAAGUUCAGCGUCAAGAAUCUGUACUACCUAUAUCGAGAGAGCGCAAUAAAUUUAAGAGCAUAGUUUGGGAUGAAUAUGAUACUUUGCAUCAAAAAUAUUUAGAAAUAGGUAUGAAACCACGCAUGAAAAACCACUACCGUGCUCAUCAGCUUUCAGUAUGGCUACGGCUUAUACCUGAAAUUCAUAGGGCUGGGAUGAGGGACGUCGUAGCAAAAUACAACCUCUUUCGUAACCAUAACGACCCGGAAUUGUACGAUGGAUUAGUGCGACCAGAUCCUUUGAUGCGUCCCAGCUACUACGAUCCAACACUUGAACUUUAUCGCAAACCUUACAACGUAACACUUGAUAUUCCAUCAACAACAAUGGAAACUUAUGUUACGACUUGCAUAAGUGUUAUGUCUGCAAGACCGGGAUCUGCAGUCACACAAAAUCAAGCUCCAAAUAAUUCUCAAGAUGCGUCGAAUUUAGAAGCAGCAGGAUAUACCGCUUACUCUACUGCUUUAAGUGUUACCAUCGCAAUUGGGUGUUCUUUGUUAAUAUUAAAUGUCUUAAUUUUUGCUGGAGUUUAUUAUCAAAGGGACAAAACUAGGCUCCAAGUUAAGGCACUUCAACAGCAACAAAAGAGGAAUCACAAUUCUACAUUUGACAAUGUUUCAUCGAAACAUCCUCAUUACUUUGUAGGCCAUUCACAAAGUUCAAGUACAAUUGUUGAUAUAGACCAUCAAGAUAAAAAUGCUAUAAUAGCGCUAACAAAUCGUGUUCCACAUUUUACGAGUUCAAACUGUCCAAAUGUUUGCCAUACGGGUAUGCAAAUGACGAAUCUAACUCAAAAAAAUAGUUCACCCACAAAUCGCGGUCAGUGUACUACAUUGCCAAGAAAAGUUGGUUUUAGUUAUCAGCAGAAUCAGAUUUGUAAUCCUUCUAAUUGCAUGACAUUACCGAAAAAUGCAACAUUCAUGAGCGCAAACAAUUUGCCUGAUGUUCAAGCUCAAACAGGCCAAAUACAGUCGCCUGGUAACGGAUCGGUGCUUCCUUCUUCACCGCCUUCACAACAUUUUUCACAGAAGCCGAGAGUUCCUCAAGCUGCGAUGUCGGAAAUGAAUGUAUGA